AAUAAAUUAGAUUUAUGAUCCCUCUGGGAGUUUGUGGCUACUAUAAAUUAUUAUUAUUGUUUGCAGCUCGUUCUUCUCACUUCUCCUGCUGCUAUGACUCUCAGGCUUUCCCUCUUACCUUUUCUUCUUCUCACCUUCCCCUCGCUGCUGCACUCAGUCAUUGGUUCACACUAUGGAGUUUUUCCUUCAAGGACUGAAAACCUUUACACACUCCGUUGUCGUAUAGGUGGUUUGAUUGAACCUCAAGAUGGUAUAGAGUGGCUCUUUAACGGUUCUGACUACAGGAAUCAUACCCCUUGUUUCGCUGGAGCUGUUGCAACUGGAAACAGAAUCACUUUUAGCCACUCAUCAGACUGUGAUGGCUAUAUUCAAUGUGGCAAUAGCACAGAAUAUUCUCUUCCUGUGCAACUCCAGGCUGAGCCAGAGCACUCUUCUUUCUAUCGACAGGGGCAGAUAAAUAUUGUGAGGCCUCAGGGAUCUUCUGUCACGCUCCCUUGCAAUGUCAUUGUGUCUGCUAUAGAUGGGCUCAAUGUGAGAUGGAUAAAGAAUGCAGGGGGUACCAAUGAGAUGGAACUUAUGUCGCUUAAUGAAGACUAUUCCGUCACUUUGACCAACUUGGAACCCACCUCCUCAUCAAUAUUUUACAGAUGUGAUGUCAUUACUGAUAGUGGAGUAUUUCAAGGUCAAGUAUUUUCUCUCAGAGUAGUGCCCUAUAGUCCUCCAAAUAUAACUAGUAUUGAAGCCAGCAAUGAUGACGAAGAUGAAAUAGAAAUCGUUCUCAGUGCCAGUGGAACAAGUCUUAAUUUCUCUUGGUUACUUGAUGGAAUGGAACUUAAGGAUGACAACGGCAACGUCAAAAUUGAAACCGAAAUCAGAAAUGGAGGUAGCAAGAGCACACUAGAGCUGUCUCGUAGAAUGAUUACUCGUGCCAGAAACCUCACAGGGAUUGCUAGCAAUAUCGACACAACCAAUAGCAGUGAUUUAAGAGGCAUGAUAUCUGAAGUUAUGAGGAAUAGAAGUGACAGUGUUCAACUAUGGCUAUAUCCUGCUGUAACUCCUUUUCCUACUCAAACUACUACUCCCUCGUCUGGGUCUGGUUCUGUUUGUGAGCAAAAGGCUAAUGUCUAUAUGGCUCUCUUUAUUGCUAGCAUUGUAGCAGUUUUCCUCUUGAUUCUGGGUAUUGCUGCUAUGAGCGUUAUUCUGUACUACAAGUCACAUUGUAACGGGGACAACAACAAUAAUAAUGAAUAUGAUGUUCAGCAGUGCCCAAACUGCAAGGGAGGCUUUACCGUAGAACAAAGACAAUCAGUGACUUCGUUUGUAUUGAAACUGACUGGUUUCAUUGGUGAAAUUGGAUCUCAGAACUACACUUCUGAAGAAGUAAAGUCCCUAUCACUCAAAAUCACGCGCUUCCUAUCACAAGUAACAGAAGAGCACAAGACACCAGAGCGUCAAGUAAAGUUGGAUGGCUCAUCUGAGGAGAUACAGGUAUUUGAUAGCUCUCACAACCACUCUUCUUCUGUUCAUUAUCAUCAUCAUCAUCAAUAUGAAGAGAUUAGACCAGCUGAGCUUAAGCUUGUGAAUAAGCUAGGAGAAAGAAAUACCAGUGUCACUAUGAUGGAGGAGGAUGUCUUUAUCAAGAAUAUGUUUGAUGGGAUAGAUCUUGAAACUGUAUGCAAGGCUAUGUCUGCAUUAUCUUCUAAUGAAUGUACAUAAAAAUGUUGCAGAUAAUACUUAAUAUUAAAGAAAAUAUCGAAGAAUUUUAUUUUUUUAGUGAGUGUAUAAGUACUUUCAAUUGAUUUGCAAUGUUCUUAAUAUUAAUUUAUUAAUUUUUUGUCAUCAGCACCUCCAAUGUUGACACUUAUGUGAAUGUAAUUAUUAUAAUUAUUGAGUUGUAAAAGACACGCCC